AUGGAAACAGGUGGUACAGAAAGGUGCCCCUCUGAGGGUUCUAGCAUAUCAGCAACCUCGGAAGGAACACCACAUAGAGAUGGUAGUGAACUAGAUCAAACAGAGAUGGUCAAUACGAAUAUGAAAGAGAAAGUUGUCCAAGGAUCUGAACCAGCCCUCCUUCCCAAAUCGAGUGCUCGUGUUUUGCUGGAUUUGAAGCUUUCUAGAGAUAAUUCGAUCCGCGGGUCGAAGCUAGAAUUCAAUCUAUUUAGCCCCAUGAAUGUUGGUUCUUCUCUUGCUAAAGAGUCUACCGAUGAGACCUUGAAGCAAACCGAGUCUAGGGUUUUCCCUUGCAACUUUUGCAAGAGAGAGUUCUCCACAUCCCAAGCCUUAGGUGGGCAUCAAAACGCACACAAACAGGAGAGGACACUAGCCAAGAGGCGUCAAGAGAUGGAUGUGGGUGCUUUGGUACACUUGCCAUAUUAUCCCUAUUCAAGCCUCUCAACAAACCCAUAUUAUGGAUCUUUAAAUAGGUCACUUGGGGUACGGUUGGAUUCCUUGAUUCACAAGACAUCGCCUCCUUAUUCAUGGACAUCCCCCAUAGGGCUUCGCUACGGCGCCCAUGGUGGCUGGUCCGGGCAAACUACGAUGAAUACACAACCUUCGAAUGGUAGACUAACGACAGAGAGUUUGGAUGCCUUUAGUGGUGGAUUUGGAAUUUCUAGUUCCUCAUCUUCUUCAAGGUUUGAGGACAAUCUCCUUCGAAAUUUUGCUUCUUCUCCAUCAUCCAAUACCGUUGCAAUCAACAAGCCUCCCGGUACUGAUCAUGUCCAGCAAACUGACCAUCCAAAAAGUUAUCAAACAGAUGAUUCGGGACUUGAUUUGUCACUCAAGCUCUAG